AGAAACCAAAGUAAUAAAGAAGGAAGACACCAACGGAAAGUUUAUACCUUCCUCCCAAAAUUUCUCCAAGUCCUCCCCUUUUUGUCUUUCUCAAUCAAUCUUCUUGUUCAUGAAUCAAAGGAAUUGUUUUUCUGUCUGAAAUCCGUGUUGGGUGUUUCUGUCACUCCUACACACACACACACACAGAGAUACACUCAAGACUUGGAGCUAAUGAGAACAGGAAAGAGAAAUCAAGAGGAGGGAGAGUUUGAGGAAGAGAAACAAGGUCCUUUUUCUAAUGUUACCACGGUCAGUGACAACGCCAACAGAGCCGAUGGGAAGAAUAGUGAUAAGGCUAAUGCCAUUCGGUCCAAGCAUUCUGUCACUGAGCAGCGGAGAAGGAGCAAAAUCAAUGAGAGAUUCCUGAUAUUAAGAGAGCUAGUACCCAGCACUGAUCAGAAAAGAGAUACAGCUUCUUUCCUUCUGGAGGUGAUUGAGUAUGUUCAAUAUCUACAGGAAAAGGUUCAAAAAUACGAGGGUUCCUACCCAGGAUGGAACCCAGAGCCGACAAAAUUAAUGCCAUGGAGAAAUAGUCACUGGCGUUCUCAGAGCUUUGCUGGUAACCUGCAAGCUGUGAAAGAUGAUUGUGGUCCAGGGUCAAUGUUCCCUGGGAAAUUUGAUGAGAAUAACAUUAGUAUCACUCCUGCAAUGUUUACAGGUUCACAGAAUCCAUUAGAUUGUGAACCAAAUCAGGAUGUUACCUCCAAAGUGGUGGAUCAGCAGCCUGAGCUGGCAAAUAAAGGAAUGCCUCCACCCAUGCCUGCCUCUAUCCAAGGAGAUGGCAUGCUUAUGCAGCCUCUUCAGCGACCAGUAUCCGAUGCUCACUUAAUUGAUUCUCCUCUCCUUAGUGAUACAAUGAAUCAAGAAGAGGAGCUGGCUAUUGAAGGAGGAACAAUUAGCAUCUCAAGCAUUUACUCUCAGGGGUUUGUGAUUCUGUUAUUUUUGUUCAAAGGAAAUUUUGAGGCUUCUUUUAUUUCAUAGAGCACCAAUUAAACAUGACUUAUAACUAGCUACAUGCAUCGUGAUUGUGCCACUUUUGUUGCUGAACCUGAAUUGUUGCCAUGUGAAGUUGUGUUGGGCGUUACCCCUUCAUUUUUCUUGUGGUUACCUCACUAUUAUUGAACUAUAUGCUGAGGAGAUACAUGGAUUUUGAUGUGAGCCAGGUUAUUGAACUCCCUGACACAAGCACUACAGAGUGCGGGUAUGGAUCUGUCACACGCCAAAGUUUCAGUCCAGAUUGAUCUUGGAAAGAGGGCAAAUAGAGGGCUAACCCCAGGAACAUCUGCUUCUCAGGAUCCACAGAACUCCCAACACCAAGCUAUGACCCAUCUCAGGGAUGUGAGCACUGGAGAGGAUUUGGAUCAAGCUCAGAAGCGGAUAAAGAAAUGAUUCAUGCGUAUUUUUUCUUGAAUCUUGAGAGAUAUUCAACUUUUUCUGCAUUCCCAUUUUCUUCUAGUUUUCAAUUUUGGUUGUUGUAUAUGUCAUGCCUUUGGUUUUGAUCGGAUGGUAUCUUCCUUGGCUGAAUCUUUAGGAGCUGCCAAGCUGUUCAGUAAAUUAUGUUGUUAACUAGGUACCAUUUAGAUCUCUACUCAGGGGAUGAGUUGUGAGUAUUCGUGUUUGUAUAAUGCAUAUCGAGAUGGAGCCUCUCUGGUCCAUUUGGCGGUAGUAUAUGGAUACAGCAUCAAAGAUGCAUCUUUCUCUUGAAACUGAAAUGGCAAAUGAAGAAACCACCCACAAGAGUUUGGCUACAUUACAAAUAGUUGUAAAUACGUUUUUGGAGUUUGAUAGAAAAGCUUGUUAGUAGUUUUAAGAGUCAGCUUCGGUGUAGCUUCUUGGAGUUUUUGUAUUUUUUGUUUUGAGUAAUAAAUUUAAAUUUUCAUU